AUUUUGAAUCCCUUUAUUAUUUUAUCUUAUAAAUCUAGCAAAGUGGGUAACGAAAAAAAGUUAGGAUGACAGAGCGCUAUAGCUUUUCUUUAACUACAUUUAGCCCUUCUGGAAAAUUAGUUCAAAUCGAAUAUGCUCUGGCAGCCGUAGCUUCUGGUGCCCCCUCAGUUGGUAUUAAGGCAACAAAUGGUGUUGUUUUGGCAACAGAAAAAAAACACAAAUCCACUCUUUAUGAUGAACACACAGUUCAUAAAAUUGAAACUAUCAAUAAGAAUAUUGGUAUGGUCUACAGUGGUAUGGGCCCUGACUACAGAGUCUUGAUAAAGCAAGCAAGAAAAUUGGCUCAACAAUAUGAUCUUCAGUACAGUGACAAUAUACCAAGUGGAGUUCUUGUUCAAAAAGUGGCUGCUGUAAUGCAGGAAUAUACUCAGUCAGGUGGCGUACGACCUUUUGGAGUGUCUCUUUUAGUAGCAGGUUGGGAUGAAGAUGAAGAACGACCAUACCUUUACCAAUGCGAUCCAUCAGGAGCCUACUUCGCUUGGAAAGCUACAGCCAUGGGAAAGAACUUUGUAAAUGGAAAAACUUUUCUGGAAAAAAGAUAUUCCGACAACAUUGAACUAGAAGAUGCCGUACAUACAGCUAUUUUAACUUUAAAAGAAAGUUUUGAAGGCCAGAUGACUGAGGAUAAUAUCGAAGUCGGAAUUUGUAACAAAGAUGGAUUCCGUCGGCUUACACCUCCAGAAGUUAAAGAUUAUCUUGCGGCAAUUGCGUAA